AUGCGUUCUAUGGGUGCACCCAACCUACAGUGGCAUGCCUCCGCCAUGACCAUCAAGACGCUGGCUCUACCUAUACUGGAGCUUUCAGAAAAACGCGACGAUUCACAUGUGGCCCUACAAUGCUCCGUCACUCUCGACAUACCGCCCGAAGUUGACUGGAUUGCCUCUGCUGUCGACCUGAAGCGGGCGGUGGACGACAAACAACUGUGGAUCGCGAAGAAGGAAGCCAGCUUCGUCAACCUCUCGGUAGCAAACUCGUGGCAGGGGCUGACCGCAGACAAUCUAGAGACGCUGGAGCAUCAGAUCAAAGAUUUCGAGGCUAUAGCUGGAAGAGUGUCUGCCAUGUCAGUCAUCAGCACAUCGCUAGCCAGGAUGGUGGAUGCGGAAUCGCCUGAGGUCAGGAGGAAGACCAGGGCCUUUGGUGGUGCCAGAAACAAUGAUGGCAUUGCUUCCCGGCCAAUGGACAAGGUUCGCCAUAGCAUCCAGGAGGGCGCUUGGGCGACAUUGCUAAGACACACGAAGCGGUCGGUUCCCAAGCGGUCCCCGGGUCGGAAUCGCAGCACGCAACCUGCAAUCGAUUUUAACAAGGAUGUCGCCAAUGGAGCGCUAUGCCGACCGUCUCAGCUCACGGACUCGCUCACAUGGUCGCAAUCUGAUAUCGCCCCUGAGAUGAGCCACACCACGUUCAUGUCGUUCAACAACUCACUACCGGUGGCCCGCACCCGACAACCUACACUCUGGAUGGCAGAGAUUUUGGAAUAA